CUUUUUAUAUUUUAGAUUUCAUAGAUGAUGCAGGAAAAGGAUGAAGGUAGUGACGCGCGAGUUAUAGAUCUAGAACCGGAUAGUGAAUUCCGUUUUGAAGUCGAUUUUAAGACACAAAUACAAAUCAAGAUAUUGAAAGGAACGGCUGAAAUAUUUGGAACUGAACUGGCCGAAGGUGUUGAAUAUUCUUUUUCAGGUCGUAAAGCAGCUGUAUAUACUUGGCAUGGAUGCUCUUUAGAAGCGAGAGGAACUUUUUUAGUUGAAUAUACAGCAAAUGAAACACCAAUGACAAGUUACUUAAACACACACCUUGCUAUCCAACAAUUACGCUCAACAGCAAAAGCUUCCAAUGAACUUGGUCCUAGAGUAUUGGUUAUUGGACCUCAUGAUGUAGGGAAAACUUCAUUAUGCAAAAUCAUGGCAAGUUAUGCUUUUCGACAAGGAGAGAAGCCACUAUAUGUAUCUUUGGAUACUGCUGAGGGAUCAAUCACAAUGCCAGGUGCUGUCACUGCGACAGCUAUUAGUCAUCUUAUUGAUAUUGAAGAAGGAUUUGGAUCAUCAGCAACUACUGCGGCCUCCAUGGGAUCUACGACAAUGCCUCUAGCUUAUUAUUAUGGUUAUGAAAGUCCAAGUGAAAAUGUCAAAAUGUACAAAUUGGUGGUAUCUCGUUUAGCCCGUACUGUCAAAAGCCGUUUGGCAGCUGAUCCUGAAAGUCGAACAUCUGGUAUCAUCAUUGAUACUUCUGGGUUGAUUGAUCCAAUUGGUUAUGAAUUGAUACAACAUGCCAUAGAUGAAUUUUCAGUUAAUGUAGUGGUUGUUCUUGGACACGAACGAUUAUAUAGCGACAUGACCAAAAUAUAUAAAGAUCAAAAUAAUAUCUCGAUUGUCAAACUGAACAAAUCAGGUGGUGUGGUAGAAAGGGACAAACAAUUCAAGAUACAAUUGCAAAGGAGUAAAAUACAAGAAUACUUUUACGGUACCUCAAAAUGUGAACUUUCUCCUUACUCUAUGCUGGUCAACUUCAAUGAUAUCAAUGUGUGGCGAGUGGGCGAAGCCAUUGCACCCUCUUCUGCACUCCCAAUUGGAAUGGAAAGCAAGGACAACGAAACUGAGGUGGUCAAAGUAGAUAGUUAUGAUAUGUGUUUACAUUCAAUCAUGGCUAUCUUGAAUGCGGAUGAUUCUGAACAUGAUAACAAAUUAUUGGAAAGUAGUGUGGUUGGAUUCAUAUAUAUUUCUGAUGUCAAUGAAGACAAGAAAAAGAUGACCGUCCUUUCUCCAUCACCUGGGCGAUUACCAAGACGACAUGUACUUAUGGGGGCAUUCAAAUGGAUGGAAACUUAGUUUAGAUAGACCUUAGUUCAUUCAAUAAAUAUUCUUUGUAUUAUUUUAUA